UGAAGAUCCAGCUUUCUGCCCAGCUUCGAACCUCAGACCCAAAUAGGCUUAGCGCCACAUCAUGUGCUUGCUCCGGUUCUAAAAAAUUGGUUUAUCGCGACGACUAAAGCUUGCCGCUCCCGACGCUCAAACAGAGAAUAAACCCGACCUCGAGCAUUGACGACAUAAUAUCUUCCGUCUCUCGGUCUCCGACGUCACCAAGCAACAUCUAGAGCCCCGGACUUACUCGUUGUAAUUGAUACGGUGGGAAUAUAUCCGGUCUUUUGCUUAUUACGAUCCAAGCUAUAAACCUCCUCACCUACAUCAUCAAUCUCCAAAAUGGUGCAGCCCACCACUCUCGUAACGGCAUCCGUUGCUACCGCCGCCGCCGCCAUUGUCGGUUACGCCAUCUACUUUGACUACCAACGUCGAAACCAGGCCGAGUUCCGCCGAAACUUGAGGAGGAACGAGCGCAAGCAGGCCCGCGUCGCAAAGGAGGAGGCAGAGGCUUCUACCCAGCAACAACGUCAGAGCAUUCGCAUCAGAGUGGAGGAGGCCAAGGAGGAGGGGUUCCCUACUGGUGUCGAGGAGCGGGAAGCUUUCUUCAACGAGCAGGUCAUGGCCGGAGAGAUGCUCAGCCAAGAUCCUUCUAAGGCUCUUGAGUCUGCUUUGGCCUUCUAUAAGGGUCUCAAGGUCUAUCCUGCCCCCGGUGACCUGAUCCGAAUCUACGACAGCACUGUUCCCAAGCCCAUAUUAGACAUCUUGGCUGAGAUGAUCGCAUACGACUCAUCUCUCGACAUUCGAGCGCCCGCCGCUCCCGCAGGCAUCAAUCUCUCUGACAUUCCUAACGUUGGUCUCGAUUAAAGAGGGAUGUCAUCUGUCCGAGUUUCCUCUCCGCUCCUGGCACAUAUAUACCCAGACGUUGGAAAUGCUCUUGAAUUUUAACUCCCUUUCCCCCAAAUCUGUACCAUGAAAAGUCUGAACAACAGGCUUUCACAAAGAAAUGUCUAAUGGAGACCUGACGGCCUUCAAUGUACCAUAGUUCCGCUCUUCCAGCUUCCAUAGAGCUUUGUGUAAACAAAUGUACGUUGAAACGAAUAGGUUUAUGAACAACAAUUGCUGGCUGCAUUUCAGAAGCACAAUGCCUCAUGAGGAUGCCAACUAUUGGGGAAAGGAAGCCACAGGAUUUUCCCAAGAUA